AUGUCAGCUCAUAGUUUAAUAGCUCACUUCUUGAAGGAAAAUAACUACCAUGAUACCUUGAAAGAAUUUGAAAGGGAGCAUGGAAAACCAAUUGAGGUAGUUCUUCAUGAUAAUGAAUCACUUGCUGAUAUUGUGCUAGAUCGCAAUAAGUUUCGCCUGAUUAAACAAGAGGAGGAAGACGAUGGUAUGGGAGGUAAAGAUGAUUUUUUACUUCCGAAAUACUUACAAGAAGUUGCCAAAGCACUUCCUAACUGGACGACACCCUAUCCAAAGGAGAUCGCUAAGUUUGAUGUAGAUAUUCAUGGGCUAAUCGUAAGUAGCUGUCUCACUCGAGGUGGCUUGAUUCUUGUAAGCACCAAUGAUUGUGGCCUUUACGCAAUUGACUGGGAAGGUAAGGCUACUAAAUUGGCUAACGCAUUCAACGACAAGAGAGCUGUUGUCAAGAAAAUUGUAGAAGUUGACGAUAACUUUGUAGUUUUAGUAGGGAUGGAUGGAUCAUUGUCUACAUAUUCUGUUUCAAUUGAUGGAAGUGUAGUCGAUCUUUCGUUGGUGGAUACUUAUCAGGCGCACAAAAGAAUGGUUACCGAUGUACAAGUUUACCAUUCUAAGAAAGAUGGAAGCAAAGUCACUUACUUGGUCUCGUUGGGAUGGGACUUCCAUGUCAAAGUGUUUCAAUUGGUGGAGGGAAAGUUGACCUUUCUCAGAGAGUGUAAGCUUACCAUUCAAGGAACAUGCUUUUCGAUCACUACUUACAAGGGUGGAGACUACAUUAUCGUAGGUAAGAACGAGCAUACGUUAUUGGAUGUCUAUGACGUUGAAACAUUGACUUUACAGUACAAGAUAUCGUUGAACGAUGCCAUCUUCAGCACUGCAGGUUUCACUCCACGGUGUAUCAUCACCAAUGGAGAAUUAAUUGUGGUAGGGACCUCUCACGAGCCGUUUAUGAGGUUGAUUGUAGUAUCUUUGACGGAUGGAGAAGAGCCAAUUAGAAGAAACCAGAUUAUAAGGAAUUUGAAUACUCUCUCCCCACAGGAUAAAUUUAGUCUGGCCAUCUUGGCAUGGAGAAAGGACCAAUCUGGAGUCUGGGUCGCAGGAGAGGAUGGUACAGUUCGAGGUAUUGAUUUUAAGCAACAGAGAGUGAUAACAGAGAUUCCCUUACACAAGGGGAAGGUGAAGACGUUCAUUUCCGGAGUGAAAGAGGGCUCAGAAGUGAUCUUAUCUAGUGGAAUUGAUAGAGAAUUGAAAAGUGUUCGUUAA